CACACACACAUGCUGUAUCACGACGGACUGCAGUAAAUAUGAUUCACUCGAAUCAGUCCAUACACUCCAUCUUCUGCUGCUGCUGCUGUGCUUUACAGACCAGCAGCACGCAUGUGGAUAUGAACAACAGAUAUCCAGGAUCCGUCUAUACGACACAGGUUUCUCAGAAGAAGCUUCCUCGCUCUCCUCCUGAUGAUGAUGAUAAUGGAGUGAUGAAGGUGGUUGCCAUGUAUGACUUUACAGCCAGAGAGAGUUCAGACCUGACGCUGCACCGCGGAGAAACAUACAUCAUCCUCCAUAAACAAGACCAGCUGUGGUGGAGAGCCAAAGACGGGCACGGGAACAAGGGCUUCAUUCCCAGUAACUAUGUUACAGAAACUGGAACAAUAGAAGCCAAUGACUGGUACUGCAAGAACAUCAACAGAGCUGAAGCAGAGCAUCUUCUGAGACAAGAGGGGAAGGAUGGAGGGUUUGUGGUCAGGAGCUCCAGUCAGCCCAGCACAUACACAGUGUCUGUUUACACACACUGUUUAGAUAAAGGUGAGGUGAGGCAUUACCAGAUCAAGCGGACAGCUGAGGAUAAGUUCUACCUGGCAGAGAAUCACGUAUUCAUCUCCAUUCCUGAGCUCAUCAACUACCACAAGUACAACGCAGCAGGUCUAGUGGCCAGACUGCGCUAUCCCAUCGGGCCGAAGGGCAAAUGCCAGCCAGCUACAGCGGGAUUCAGUUCAGAUAAAAUGGAGAUCAACCCAUCGGAGCUGACCUUCAUGAAGGAGCUGGGUUCUGGUCAGUUUGGAGUGGUGCGACUGGGUAAAUGGAGAGCGCAGCAUAAAGUGGCCAUUAAAACCAUCCGGGAAGGAGCCAUGAAUGAGGAUGAUUUCAUUGAGGAAGCUAAAAUCAUGACACGUCUCUGUCACCCUAAGCUGGUCCAGCUGUACGGCGUGUGUGUGACCCAGCGCCCCAUCUGCAUCGUGACGGAGUUCAUGGAGAACGGCUGCUUGCUUCACUUCCUGCGGCAGCACAGCAGCACUCUGGGACGCUCGCAGAUGCUGUGUAUGUGUCAGGACGUGUGUGAAGGGAUGGAGUACCUGGAACACAACCAGUUUAUACACCGAGACCUGGCUGCACGGAACUGUCUGGUUAAUGAGAGGAAUGUGGUGAAGGUGUGUGACUUUGGCAUGACCAGGUAUGUUCUGGAUAAUCAGUACACCAGCUCUAUGGGCUCCAGGUUCCCUGUUAAAUGGUCUCCGCCGGAAGUUCUGCACUUCAACAAGUUCAGCAACAAGUCAGACGUGUGGUCAUUCGGUGUGCUGAUGUGGGAGGUGUUCUCGGAGGGAAAGACGCCGUUUGACAACCGCACUAAUGUGGAGGUGGUGGAGGAGGUGACGCAGGGCAGCCGACUGUACAGACCUCACCGCGCAACACCACACAUCUACAACAUCAUGUACCGCUGCUGGCACGAGAGACCUCAUGGACGACCUGCAUUUACUGAAUUACUGCAGAAUUUCAGACAGAUCACAGAAGAGGAGACAGACACAUGAACACACACACACACACACACACACAGUAUACAUCCGUGUUUCUGUCUUGUAUUCAAGUACAUAUAUUUAAAGUUGGACCGCACUGUGAAAAUAUGCAAUGUUCUUGAUUAUUGCGAUGUAAAUUAUAACAAUAUAACAUUUCCUCUGGGGCAGCAUGGUAGCUCAGUGGUUAGCACUGUGGCCUUACAGCAAGAAGGUCACUGGUUCGAGUCCCGGCUGGGUCAGUUGGCAUUUCUAUGUGGAGUUUGCAUGUUCUCCCCAUGUUGGUGUGGGUUUCCUCCGGGGGUUUCCUCCCAAACACAUGCGCUAUAGGGGAAUUGAUGAACUGAAUUAGCCGUGGUGUAUUAGUGUGUGAGAAUAUGUGUAUGGGUGUUUCCCACUACUGGGUUGCAGCUGGAAGGGCGUCCGCUGUGUAAAAGAUAUGCUGGAAUAGUUGUUGGUUCAUUCCUCUGUGGCGAUACCUGAUGAAUAAAGGGACUAAGUCGAAGGAAAAUAAUUGAAUGAAUGAAUAAUAUAGAGAAAAUAUGAUCUAUUUUUUAAAGUAUUGAUUGAUGUUUUGAUCAUACUAUAAUAAACAGGUAAUAUUUAUAUAUUUUUUGAGCUCAUUAAAUCAAAUUCAGGCUUAAAAAAGACAUUUAAAAUGAUACAAAGGACAUUUUUACUGUAAUAUUUGAGGAAACAUUGAUUUUUCCUGUAAUUGUUGCUGGAUUUGAUCAUGUUUAGAUGUGUGUUGAAGACAGCAGGGUGGAAAUGCUGAGUUUGUGCAGUGGAGGACAAGACUGUGGUGUGUAUCGUGACCUCCAGUGUGAGCUGAUAUGUGAACUAUAUGCUGGACACACAGUGUGUGUUUGAUCCACUGAUGGACAUUCAGACUCUUCACUGUACACAUUCAGUCUGAUGAUGAUCUCAAAGUUCACAACCACCACAAUAAAGACAAGUUGGCACUUGA